AUGCCCUUUUCUGUUUCUAUAGAGAGUGUGGAUUAUGGGCCAGUGUUUGUGCAGGAACCAGAUGAUAUCAUUUUCCCUACUGAUUCUGAUGAGAAGAAAGUGGCACUGAAUUGUGAAGCUCGAGGCAACCCUGUUCCCAAUUACAGAUGGCUACGAAAUGGAACAGAAAUAGACUUGGAAAGUGAUUAUCGCUACAGUUUGAUUGAAGGAAACCUCAUUAUCAGCAACCCAAGUGAAGCAAAGGAUGCUGGUCAUUAUCAGUGUUUAACAGCUAACUCCUUGGGAAGCAUUCUGAGCAGAGAAGCCAUACUUCAGUUUGCCUAUCUGGGAAAUUUUAGUGGCCGGACAAGAAGUGCAGUCUCUGUGAGGGAAGGCCAGGGGGUUGUUCUGAUGUGUUCUCCUCCGCCUCAUUCACCAGAGAUCAUCUAUAGCUGGGUGUUUAAUGAGUUUCCCUCCUCUGUGGCAGAAGACAGCAGACGCUUCAUUUCCCAGGAGACAGGCAAUCUCUACAUCUCUAAAGUACAAACAUCAGAUGUUGGCAGUUACAUAUGCCUAGUGAAAAACACCGUGACAAAUGCUCGAGUUCUUAGCCCUCCAACACCACUCACACUGCGCAAUGAUGGUGUGAUGGGAGAAUAUGAGCCGAAAAUUGAGGUCCAUUUUCCUUUCAUGGUUACAGCUGCUAAGGGAAUGACAGUCAAGAUGGAAUGUUUUGCGCUUGGCAACCCUGUUCCAACAAUCUCGUGGAUGAAGGUUAAUGGUUAUAUUCCAAGCAAAGCACGUCUGCGGAAAUCUCAAGGAGUGCUGGAAAUACCAAAUGUACAACUGGAUGAUGCAGGGAUAUAUGAAUGUAGAGCUGAAAAUUCACGUGGAAGAAAUUCUUUCCGUGGACAAUUACAAGUCUAUAACUACCCACAUUGGGUAGAGAAGCUGAAUGAUACUCAUUUAGACAGUGGCAGCCCUCUCAGAUGGGAAUGUAAAGCCACUGGAAAGCCCAGACCCACCUACCGUUGGUUGAAAAAUGGAGUCCCUCUCUUGGCUCAGAGCAGGGUUGAGAUGGUUAAUGGUGUAUUGAUGAUCCACAAUGUGAAUCAGUCGGAUGCUGGAAUGUAUCAGUGUUUGGCAGAAAACAAAUAUGGAUCCAUUUAUGCCAGUGCCGAGUUGAAGGUUUUAGCCUCAGCUCCCAUAUUUGCACUUAAUCAACUGAAGAAAACAAUAGUAAUUACCAAAGGCCAAGAAGUUCUCAUAGAGUGCAAACCUCAAGGUUCUCCAAAACCAACAAUUUCCUGGAAGAAGGGAGACAAAGCAAUAAGAGAGAGCAAGAGAGUAGUUAUUCUUCCAGAUGGGAGUCUCCGGAUCCUAAAUGCUUCUAAAUCAGAUGAGGGAAAGUACGUUUGCCAUGGGGAAAAUGUCUUUGGUUCUGCUGAAAUCCUAGCUUCUGUAUUUGUAAAAGAACCUACAAGGAUAGAACUUACUCCCAAGAGGACAGAAUUAACAGUGGGAGAAAGCAUUGUCCUCAAUUGCAAAGCAAUUCAUGAUGCCAGUUUGGAUGUCUCUUUCUACUGGACUUUGAAGGGACAGCCUAUCGAUUUUGAGAAGGAACGCGGACAUUUUGAAAGUAUCAGGGCCCAAGCAUCCUCUGCAGAUUUAAUGAUCAGGAACAUCCUUCUGAUGCAUGCUGGGAGAUAUGGCUGCAGGGUACAGACCACAGCCGACAGUGUGUCAGAUGAGGCAGAUCUUCUUGUUAGGGGUCCUCCAGGUCCUCCUGGCAUUGUGAUCGUUGAAGAGAUUACAGAGAGCACAGCCACCCUGUCCUGGAGUCCUGCUGCGGACAACCACAGCCCCAUUUCUUCCUACAAUCUGCAAGCUCGAAGUCCUUUUUCCCUUGGCUGGCAGACAGUAAAAACAGUCCCAGAAGUCAUAACAGGAGACAUGGAAUCUGCCAUGGCUGUAGACCUGAACCCCUGGGUAGAAUAUGAAUUCAGAGUGGUGGCAACUAAUCCUAUUGGGACAGGAGAUCCAAGCACACCAUCUCGAAUGAUCCGAACUAAUGAAGCAGUUCCAAAGACAGCUCCUGCUAAUGUAAGUGGUAGAAGUGGAAGACGGCAUGAAUUAGUGAUAGCAUGGGAGCCAGUAUCGGAAGAGUUUCAGAAUGGGGAAGGAUUUGGCUACAUUGUGGCAUUUAGACCCAAUGGAACCCGUGGUUGGAAAGAAAAAAUGGUCACUUCAUCAGAUGCUUCAAAGUUCAUCUACAGAGAUGAAAGUGUACCUCCACUCACUCCCUUUGAGGUGAAAGUUGGAGUAUAUAAUAACAAAGGGGAUGGACCUUUCAGCAAUAUUGUGGUCAUCUGUUCAGCAGAGGGAGAACCCAGUGCUGCUCCUACAGAUGUCAAGGCUACAAGUUUGUCUGUAUCAGAGAUUCUUGUUGCAUGGAAACAUAUUAAAGAGAGUCUAGGAAGACCACAGGGAUUUGAGGUGAGUUACUGGAAAGAUAUGGAGCAAGAAGAAGCAGCUGAAACAGUCAAAACUAGGGGGAAUGAGUCAUCUAUCAUUCUGACAGGAUUAGAAGGAAAUACAUUGUAUCACCUGACAGUGAGGGCGUACAAUGGUGCUGGAUACGGACCAGCUAGCAGUGAAGUGCGGGCAGCCACCAAGAAAUCUCCUCCUAGCCAAGCACCAAGCAACAUUAUGUGGGAGCAGCAAGGCUCUCAGGUUUCUCUUGGUUGGGAACCUGUCAGACCAUUAGCAAACGAAUCAGAAGUAGUAGGCUACAAGGUGUUUUAUAGGCAAGAAGGCCACAGCAACAGUCAGGUCAUUGAAACACAGAAAACUCAAGCUGUGGUCCUUCUCCCUGAUGUUGGGGUUUAUAUCAUUGAAGUUCGAGCAUUCAGUGAAGGAGGUGAUGGAACAGCUAGCUCCCAAAUCAGAGUACCGUCAUAUUCAGGUGGGAAAAUCACAAGUGCUCAAUCUUCUCUCCACACCUCAACUUUUUCAUCGUCAGUAACAUUGCUCCUGGCACUGAUAGUCCCUUCAACCUCAUGGUGA